UGUGCCUUCUUACAGUUACAGCUCUGAUCUCUUUGACUACAAACAACCUGAAAGUGAGAAAGAGAUAGGCAAAAAUGGCUGCUGCACUUACAGGUGUAGGAGCUGGGUUAGUGGUUUCAUGUUCAUCAAAGAUUUCUUGGAGAAGUUCUUCUGUUUCACCUCGUUGUAGCGUCAAAAUGGCGGUCUCUGUCGAAGAGAAGAAGAAGAAAUUUACUCUUGAAAAAUCUGAAGAAGCUUUCAAUGCCGCCAAGGAGUUGAUGCCUGGAGGUGUAAAUUCACCUGUCCGUGCCUUUAAAUCUGUUGGUGGACAGCCUAUUGUGUUUGAUUCUGUCAAAGGCUCUCGCAUGCAGGACAUUGAUGGGAAUGAGUACAUUGACUAUGUUGGUUCUUGGGGGCCUGCAGUAAUUGGUCAUGCAGAUGAUAAGGUACUUGAAGCCUUGGCUGAAACAAUGAAAAAAGGAACUAGCUUUGGUGCUCCUUGUCUGCUAGAGAAUGUUCUGGCAGAGAUGGUAAUCUCAGCUGUUCCAAGCAUAGAAAUGGUACGUUUUGUUAACUCUGGCACAGAAGCAUGCAUGGGUGUGGUUCGCCUGGCCCGUGCUUUCACUGCACGGUCAAAAAUCAUCAAAUUUGAGGGUUGUUACCAUGGGCACGCCAAUUCAUUUCUAGUCAAGGCUGGCAGUGGAGUUGCCACCCUAGGCUCCCCUGGUGUCCCUAAAGGAGCCACCAUAGAUACUCUAACAGCCCCCUUCAAUGAUAUCUCAGCUGUGGAAAAUCUCUUUAAGACUCACAAAGGAGAGAUUGCUGCUAUUAUCCUUGAACCUGUAGUUGGGAAUUCUGGCUUCAUUGCUCCAAAAGUCGACUUUCUUAAUGCCAUACGCCAGCUCACCAAAGAACAUAACGCUCUCCUGAUCUUUGAUGAGGUAAUGACUGGAUUUCGUUUGUCUUAUGAUGGAGCUCAAGAGUAUUUUGGCAUAACUCCUGAUUUAACAACUCUUGGAAAGAUCAUUGGUGGUGGCCUGCCAGUUGGUGCAUAUGGAGGAAAGAGGGAGAUAAUGGAGAUGGUGGCACCAGCAGGACCAAUGUACCAGGCUGGGACCUUAAGUGGGAACCCAUUGGCAAUGACUGCAGGGAUACACACUCUAAAGCGAUUGAAGGAGCCUGGAACUUAUGAAUACUUAAAUAAGAUCACAAACCAACUUAUUACUGGAAUACUUGAUGUGGGUAAGAAGGCUGGGCAUGCAAUGUGUGGAGGAUAUAUCGGUGGCAUGUUUGGAUUUUUCUUUACAAAAGGGCUUGUUAACAACUUUGCCGAUGCCAAGAAGAGUGACACUGCAAAGUUUGCAAAGUAUAGGGGAAUGCAGGAAGGAGGUGUAUACUUGGCACCUUCACAGUUUGAGGCUGGAUUUACGAGCUUGGCACAUACAUCUGAAGAUAUCCAACUAACAAUAGCGGCAGCUGAGAAGGUUCUGAAGCAGAUUUAGAGUGUGUACGUUUAUUAAAGCCUUUGAUCGAUUUAUUUCCACCUACCCUUACCUUCCCAAUUUUUUAUUUAUGAUUCAACAAUGCCCAUAUUGAAGGUUUGCAUGCAGCGAUUUGUAGUCUCUUCUCUGUCAACUGUGAAUUAUUAACUGAGCAUUGCUUGGCCGAUAUCCAUUACUGAAUUUUCCUGGCGGUUGCUUCUGUAAUACUGGGAAUUACUUUAUGUAUGAAAAAUGAUAUCUUCUAUCA